GGCAGGCGCUGACUCCCCCGCCAUGGGCCUGCAGACCCCCACGCUUCUAUGGCUGCUGACGCUGCUGCUGCUGUGGCCACAGGCGCUGCGCGGGACCCACUGUCCGGAGCCUUGCAGCUGCCAGCCCCUGGGAGCUCUGCGCUGCCCCGGCCCCCGGCCUGGCCUCACCAGACUAUCAUUCAACUAUCUCCCUAUCAAGGUAAUCCCAUUUCAAGCUUUCAGAGGACUCAAUGAGAUCAUAAAGAUUGAAGUCUCUCAGAGUGAUUCCCUGGAAAAGAUAGAAGCUCAUGCUUUUGACAGUCUCCUCAAUUUAUCUGAAAUACUGAUCCAGAACACCAAAAACCUGAUGUAUAUCGAGUCUGGAGCAUUUACAAAUCUCCCACGGUUAAAAUACCUGAGCAUCUGCAACACAGGCAUUCAAAUGCUUCCAGAUGUUACGAAGAUCUUCUCCUCUGAAUAUAAUUUCAUUCUGGAAAUUUGUGAUAACUUACACAUAACUACCAUACCAGGAAAUGCUUUUCAAGGGAUGAAUAAUGAAUCCAUAACACUCAAACUAUAUGGAAAUGGAUUUGAAGAAAUACAAAGUCAUGCAUUCAAUGGGACAACGCUGAUUUCACUGGAGCUAAAGGAAAAUGUAUUCCUGGAGAAGAUGCACAAUGGAGCCUUUCAGGGAGCCACAGGGCCUAGCAUCUUAGAUAUUUCUUCCACUAAACUGCAAGCCCUGCCUAGCUAUGGGUUGGAGUCCAUUCAGACACUAAUUGCCAAAUCAUCCUAUUCACUAAAGAAACUGCCUUCAAGAGAACAAUUUACCAACCUCCUGGAAGCCACACUAACUUACCCCAGUCACUGCUGUGCUUUUAGAAACCUGCCACCAAAAGAACAGAAUUUUUCAUUUUCUAUCUUUGAAAACUUUUCCAAACAAUGUGAAAGCACAGCAAGGAAACCAAAUAAUGCAACACUUUACUCCACCAUCUUUGCUGACAGUGAACUGAAUGGCUGGGACUAUGACUAUGGUUUCUGUUUACCUAAGACACUUCGAUGUACUCCUGAGCCAGAUGCCUUUAAUCCCUGUGAAGAUAUUAUGGGCUAUGACUUCCUUAGGGUUCUGAUUUGGCUGAUUAAUAUCCUAGCCAUCAUGGGAAAUGUGACUGUCCUCUUGGUUCUCCUGACCAGUCGUUACAAAUUGACGGUGCCCCGCUUUCUCAUGUGCAAUCUCUCCUUUGCCGACUUGUGCAUGGGGCUCUACCUGCUGCUGAUUGCCUCUGUUGAUUCCCAGACCAAAGGCCAGUAUUAUAAUUAUGCCAUAGAUUGGCAGACAGGGAGUGGAUGCAGUGCUGCUGGCUUUUUCACUGUGUUUGCCAGUGAACUUUCUGUCUAUACUCUAACAGUCAUCACAUUAGAAAGAUGGCACACUAUCACAAACGCUAUUCAGGUGGGCCAAAAGCUGCGACUGAGACAUGCUGUUCCUAUUAUGCUUGGAGGGUGGCUCUUUUCCACUGUGAUUGCUCUGUUACCUCUUGUGGGUGUCAGCAAUUACAUGAAAGUCAGCAUUUGCCUCCCCAUGGCUGUGGAAACUACUCUCUCACAAGUCUACAUAUUAAUCAUUCUGAUGUUCAACGUGGUGGCCUUCAUCAUCAUUUGUGCCUGCUACAUUAAAAUCUAUUUUGCAGUUCAAAAUCCAGAGCGGAUGGCUACCAACAAAGAUACAAGAAUUGCUAAAAAGAUGGCAGUCCUCAUCUUCACUGACUUCACCUGCAUGGCACCCAUCUCUUUUUUUGCCAUCUCAGCUGCCUUCAAGGUGCCCCUUAUUACAGUAACCAACUCCAAAGUCUUGCUGGUUCUCUUUUAUCCUGUCAAUUCUUGUGCCAAUCCAUUUCUGUAUGCAAUUUUCACAAAAGCAUUCCAAAAGGAUGUUUUCCUAUUGCUGAGCAAAUUUGGCUGCUGUAAACGUCGGGCUGAACUUUACAGAAGAAAAGGUUUUUCAGUUUAUCCCUCCAACUGCAAAAAUGGAUUCAGUAGAUCAAAUAAACCUCCUCAGUCCACUCUGAAGUUGUCUACACAAUACUGUCAAUAUACAGCUGUCCAAGAAAAGGCUUGCUAUAAAGAGUGCUAACUGUUGUAUUAGUAAAUAUACUAUUUCUUUUUUAAUAUUUUGUAUUUGUUAUUAUGUUACAUAUAUUACAUAUACGUUACAAGAUUGUAAGAUUAAAGUGUAUAGUUCCA